GGUUAACAUAGUUAGCGCUUUAAGGAAAAGGAUUCAAUCUGACCGUUUAAAAAUCAAAGCGGAAAACGAUAAAUCUCUGUUAACCAAACAUAUUAUUAUGCAAACAUAUAAUUAGCUUGCAGAAGAGCGUUGUUAACUACUCAACUAAACUUCAAAAUGACAAGCACGCAGGGCAAAUUAGCAACUGUUCAUGAAUCAGCGAAAGAGUCCUCUAAUCCAGGAAUAAACAAAAAUGAAGCAAAUUUACCUUCUUACGCUCUUCAUUUUGAAAAAGAAAAUAAGUACAAGCCAUCCCCAGCCUUUACCCAAUAUUGGACGAAUCAAGUUGUUUGGGAAAAAUGCCAGAAGUUUAAUACACCCGUUUUCAACAGUUCCCCUUCGCCAUUGAGUUCCCAUGAGAUGAAAUAUGACUAUGAAAAUGACUCUGAUUCUAAUUAUAGCGCUCCGAAUAGCCCCAGUGCCAAAUCCGAUACUUCUACGAGCGAAAGGUUUUCUCGUGAAACUAGUAUUCUUGACACACCAACUCAGAAGUCAUUGGCAAAGCAAGGAGAGGAAUUUCCAAGAAAUAAAAAGGUUAGAAAUAGAGAGGCAGCUCAUAAAUGCAGGGUAAGAAAGAAGAGGUAUAUAGAUGAUUUACAGAAGCGAACAAAACAUUAUACGACGGAAAAUAAGUCCCUCUUGAAAGAAGCCAAUAGUCUCAGAGAGGAAAUUGUUCGUCUCCGAAUGCUCAUCAUGGCUCAUAGGAAAUGUCCAGUGACAGCCGCUUGUGAUAAGACCCUCCUGAUGAUGGGUAAAAAGCCAGUUUCAUCUUCGUCUUCUGAUAUUCCUCAAGAGUAGGCUUUGCACAUAAAGCAGUUUAUAAAGCUUCCAUCCUGCGGAAUGAGAUGACUUACUUUAGCUUCGUAUUUUUCCGAAAGCUGAAAAAUCCAAUUCCAUUCACGAAAAGCAUUGGCUAUGGAAAUUAAUUCCUAAAAUAUUAGUACAAAAUUGAUUUAAAAGAACGUACGUAUUGUGGUACCUGGUAUUCUGAUGCUUUCUUCCACAUGCUAUCAGAGUUCUCCUCUGGUAGUGACAAUAAAUUUGGACUACUUUCAAUAUAAUUAUCGUCUUUAUUCUCAUAAUGUAAAGAACUUUUCUC